AUGGCCCAGGGGAUACCAAGUGAACUGCUGAUGAACAACACCCUAAUAAGUGAUCUAGCAGAAGUGGCAAAAGAUGCAGCACUUUUACAUGGUGUCCUUCUGAGGAUUAAAGAAUCCCCCAAUUCAUCAGAGGUGGUGACAUAUGCUCCCUUCACACUAUUCCCCACACCUGUACCAAAAGCUCUUUUCCUCCAAGCCAUGGCAGUUCAAACGCAUUACAACACACUGAUGGAUAAGAUUAGCCAGGAUCCAGACUUCCUUCAAGAAGCUCUUGCUAGCACCAUUUCUGUGGAUGAGUUCACUGCAAGGUUGUACAGGAUCCAUCAGCAGGUCCUCAAAAAAGGAAGGUCCCAGUCAAUUGUGUUAGGUCUGAAUCGAUCAGACUACAUGCUGGACCAAAAGGAGGAUGGACCCACAUCUCUGAAACAGAUUGAGAUCAACACCUUUGCUGCUAGUUUUGGUGGCCUUUCCUCACGUAUGCCUGAUGUACACCGACAUAUCCUUAAGGUGGCUGGCCAGUUGAAGGCGAGACAGUGCAUCACUGACAACGACCCUGCAGUUGGUCUGGCCAAAGCUGUGGCAAAGGCCUGGGAGCUCUAUGGAUCAAAGCGGGCGGUUGUUAUGUUCUUGGUGGAGGAGAAACAGAGGAACAUCCUGGAUCAACGUUAUAUUGAAAAUGAGCUGUGGAAAAGGAAUAUUGUCACCAUACGGAAGAGUUUUGAGGAUGUGUCCAAAUCUGGAGAGCUUGAUGACAACAAGCGACUGUUUGUUGAUUGUCAGGAAGUUGCAGUGGUCUACUUCAGGAAUGGCUACAUGCCUCAGAACUACAAGUCUGAACAGGACUGGGAAACUCGCCUGAUGAUGGAGUUCUCUAUGGCUGUGAAAUGUCCAGAUAUCAGCACCCAUCUGGCUGGAACUAAAAAGGUCCAGCAGGUGCUUGCUCAGCCUGGUGUUGUGGAACGGUUCUUCCCUAACCAGCCACAAGUAGUUGAACAAAUUAGGGCCACCUUUGCUGGCCUCUACACUCUGGACAUGGGAGCUGAAGGUGACAAAAGUGUUGCAAUGGCUUUGGCGACACCAGAUCGGUUUGUCUUGAAGCCUCAGCGAGAGGGAGGAGGAAACAACAUUUAUGGACAAGAGAUCUGUGAGGUUUUGAAUAAAGUGAAGAACAGUGCUGAGAGAACAGCCUAUAUUCUGAUGGAUAAGAUCCAGCCUGUGCCAACACAGAACUACCUACUAAGGAGAGAAAUGCCCCUUAAAGUCAGUACUUGUCUGAGUGAACUUGGCUGUUUUGGAGCUUAUGUCAGGCAGGGUAAAGACAUGGUGAUGAAUGAUUGUGUGGGCCAUCUUCUGAGGACCAAGAAUUCGGAGCACUUGGAUGGUGGCGUAGCUGCUGGAGUGGCGGUGUUGGACAGCCCACUUCUUUUCUGA